CAACUACGAAAUGAAGCAACGCUUCUCCUCCUUGGAUGUCAAGGUCAUCGCCCACGAGCUUUCCAAGACUCUUUGUCCGCUUCGAGUCAACAACAUCUACGACCUCAACUCACGGAUAUUUUUGAUCAAGUUCCACAGAGCGGACCAACGAGAGCAAUUGAUCAUUGAGUCCGGUUUUCGCUGUCAUCUCACCAGCUAUGCCCGCACCACUGCAGCGGCCCCCUCAGGCUUCGUCGCCCGCCUGCGGAAAUAUCUGAAAACAAGACGAGUGACAUCAAUUUCGCAAAUCGGCACGGAUCGCAUAAUAGAGUUACAAUUCUCAGAUGGCCUGUAUCGGCUGUACUUUGAGUUCUAUGCAGGUGGCAAUAUUGUCCUUACCGACGGGGACCUGAAGGUUCUAGCGCUGUUGCGGAACGUGGACGAGGGUGCCGAACAUGAGAAAUUGAGGGUCGGGCUACAGUACAAUCUCUCCUUGCGGCAAAAUUAUGGUGGGGCGCCGGAGCUAGCAAAGGAAAGAGUUCGCGAAGCUCUGCAAAAGGCAAUCGACAAAGAACAAGAACCUGUAGCAUCGGAGAAGAAGGCAAAGAAUAAAAAGAACAAGGAUGCACUUCGAAAGGCUCUCGCAGUUUCUAUUACAGAGUGUCCUCCACUAUUGGUGGAUCACGCACUCUGUAUUGCCGGCUUUGAUUCUACGCUGAAGCCACAGGAGGUCCUCGACAACGACUCGCUUCUAGACAAGCUUCUUUCGGCUCUACAAGAAGCGCGGAGAAUUUCAGAAGACAUCAUGCACGCCGACCCUAUCAAAGGCUACAUCUUAGCCAAGCCAAAUCCGGCAAUCAAGACGGAAGACCAAGGCGAAGGUACAUCCUCCGCAAAGUCAAAUCUUUUCUAUGACGACUUCCACCCGUUUCGCCCACAGCAAUUCGAAAAAUCGGGUUAUACUUUCUUGGAGUUUGAGGGAUUCGACAGAGCUGUUGACGAAUAUUUCUCCUCUAUCGAGGGGCAGCAGCUGGAGUCUAAACUGACCGAACGUGAGAUAGCCGCCAAGAAGAAAUUGGAUAAAGCACGAAACGAACACGCCAGUCGAAUUGGCGGUCUGCAGAAGGUGCAGGAACUUAAUUUCCAGAAGGCAGAAGCGAUUUUAGCAAACGUUCAUCGCGUUACAGAAGCUAUUGCCGCUGUAAAUGGGCUUAUUGGGCAGGGAAUGGACUGGGGAGAAAUUGCACGUUUGAUUGAACGCGAACAAAACCAAGGAAACACGGUCGCGCAACUAAUUCGCUUGCCCUUAAAGCUUUACGAGAACACUAUCACCCUGCUCCUUUCGGAGUCAAAUGUAGAGCAAGAGAACGGGGACGAUGAAGGUUAUGAGACCAGUUCUGUCAGUGGGGAAUCAGCUGAUGAAGAGGACAAUCCGCCAUCGGCCAGGAAAACUCCAUCCUCUCAGCCGCCCGUUAUUAACAACCUAGCCAUCGACGUCGACCUCGGUUUGUCUGCUUGGGCAAAUGCAACCGAAUACUUUGAUCAGAAGAGGUCGGCGGCAGAUAAAAAAGAGAGAACAGUCCAAGCAUCCACUAAAGCACUACAGAGCCAUGAGCGCAAAGUUGCAGAAGACCUCAAGAAAGGCUUAAAGCAGGAAAAGGAAGUCCUCCGACCUGUUCGAAGGGCUCAGUGGUUCGAGAAAUUUGUUUACUUCAUUUCAUCAGAUGGAUAUCUGGUCCUCGGGGGUAAAGACGCCCAACAGAACGAGAUAAUCUAUCGAAGGUACCUACGAAAGGGAGAUGUCUACGUGCAUGCCGAUUUGAAGGGCGCCGUGCCAAUGGUAAUUAAAAACAACCCAAAUACUCCGGACGCGCCGAUACCGCCAUCGACACUCUCGCAGGCUGGCCAUCUGUCCGUCUCUACAUCCGAAGCUUGGGAUUCGAAGGCUGUCAUGUCCGCUUGGUGGGUCAAUAGCGACCAAGUUGGUAAAACCGGUCCGACGGGAGAAUACUUGGCACCAGGUUUAUUCAACAUCAAAGGGAGGAAAGAGUUCUUGCCUCCGGCACAACUCAUUAUCGGCCUAGCAGUCAUGUUUGAGAUCAGCGAAGCGAGUAAAGCAAGGCACCAAAAACAUCGUGUGUUCAACCAGCCAGCUACAGAGACCAUUCCCAAUACCGAGCAAGAUAAUGUUACAGAAGAACCAAAAGCUUUUGAGGCGAGCAAGCGAGAGGAUGAUGAAAGUGAUAGCGAUGAGAAUUUCCCCGAUGCGAAAAUUGGAUCGGACUCAGAUGAAGAUUUCCCUGAUGCAAAGCUCGAGUCAGAUGAGAGUGAUGCAGAGUCGGAGGCUGAAAGGCAUAGCAACCCGCUGCAAUCAAUCCGGGCGUCUCAAAAUGAAGAUCAAUUAGUCGAUUCUGGCUCUGAAGGCCAGACUAGAGGACCUCUCAGAAAGGGAGCACUUUCUACAAGGGCUGAGGUGGCACAGGAAGAGACGCAUGACGAUACCGGGUCCAUUGCCGACUCUGAGCAGACUCGAGGGAUAACAGGGCGCCGUCACCUAUCUGCACGAGAACGCCGUCUGCUUAAGAAAGGACAACUUUCUGAAACCACUCCGAUCUCGUCAAACACCCCUUCAGUAUCUGGAGCGGCGGCAGACGAUGAAAAUGAUUCAUCUGGGGUUGACCUUACAGUUCCAUCCACUAAAGGUCCAGGAACAGUCACAUCGCAUGCUUCCAAAGUGGGAGGGAAGGGUCCUCUACCGAGAGGCAAACGCGCAAAAGCGAAGAAGCUUGCUGCGAAAUAUGCCGACCAAGACGAAGAAGAGCGUGCAUUAGCAAUGCGUCUAUUAGGCUCUAAAUCUGGUCAGCAAGCGGCGGAGGCCGAGGCACGGGCGAAGAAAGCUAAGGAAGAAGAGACGCAGGCAAACAAGCAGCGCCGACGCGAACAGCAUCUCAAAGCACAGGCUGCUGGAAAAGCUGCGGAAGAUGUUCGACGAGCAGCCCUCGAAGGCAAUGUCCAAGAUGAUGAUGGCGAAGAUGAAGAAAUGAUCAAGGCUCAGCUCCUAGCUCUUGAUGCAUUCACUGGUCGCCCCUUACCAGGAGAUGAGAUUCUGUCCGCCAUCCCGGUAUGUGCGCCUUGGUCAGCAUUAGCAACCUAUAAGUACAAGGCUAAGAUGCAACCUGGAACACUUAAGAGGGGCAAGGCUGUGAAAGAGGUUCUAACAAAAUGGGAUGCGGCUGGGAAGGAUCCUCGCGCGCUAGACAAGACGAGUCAAGAUGUCGAGAGGGUAUGGCCUAAGGAGAUCGAUCUCAUUCGGGGUUGGAAAGAGCCCGAAGUCGUUGGGAUCUUGCCUGUAGCUAAGGUCAGGGUGAUGAUGGGUGGUGGUAGCAGCGGUGGUGGAGGGGGAAGUGGUGGCGGUGCAAAGGGGAAGAGCAAGAGUUCGAGAGGCGGAAGAGGUUCGAAGAAGCAACGAUAAAAUUCUAAACCACAUCACUCUACUCCAAGAUAUCCGGAUACCGGCCCGUACUAUUACCACAUCAUCGGACUACCGAUUUGCCCCUGCAAGGCUGAAGUCCCAGACAAGUCACGUGUUACGAGGAAUUCGAACCUGACCAAUUACGGGAUGAGUGUAAGGCUUAGUGUGCGUUACUGAGAUAUACUGAAGUCCGGAUACUGGGUUUCAAUCUAACACCAGUCUUCUAAUUAUGAAGGCCUUAGAUAUUUUUUAAUUUGAAUACUGGUGAUACC